AUGUCUGAAAUGAGUAAGUGGAAGAAAUUUGCACAAAAUAUAAAAUUAAAACGAACAAAUGUUGCUACAAAGCAAAACAAAACAAAAUGUGGCGAAGCAAGUAAGAACACUUGUGAUUCAAGUAUUUUGGAAAACAAAGAAAUCACGGUGCAGCCUCUAGCAACUGAUGCAACCGGGAAAGCUAAAAAAUAUGAGAGAACCGGUCCGCAAGAGUUUGUAACAUUCUUUUUUGAAGAGGUCACUAUUCCCAAUAUCAUUGCUGCUUGUAACAAGCACUUCAAGAAACGAGCUAAAGGCAUGUCAUGUGAUGUUCUUGCAAGUGAACAUGGCCCGUCAUGCACGAAGAUCUCACAAUUACCAAGCCUCAAGUUAUUUCAUAUUAGAUUUGUUAUGACGGACGAUCAAAUGAACAGCGAGGGUAGUAGUACUGCAUACAGUCGAUACAGUGGUAUAAACUCCAGCCCAGUCCGAUUUGGAUCAAAAGCAUCAACAUCGACACGCGCUGAUCCAAUUAUCGUCCCUCAUUUGACGAGUGCCAUUGGCGUUAAACGUAAACUAGAAGUUCCUUUCGAGCUCCAGUUAAUAAGGUCCCAAAAAGCCUUGGAAUUACAACUAUGA